AUGACAUCGAAACCAUUCAAACCAAGCCGGUUAUCUCAGUCAGCAAGUUCUGAUGCACCUGAAGGCCAGAAGCCUCCUUUGCCUCCAACUGUAACAUUUGGAAGAAGAACUUCCUCAGGUCGCUACAUCAGUUACUCCAGAGAUGAUCUUGAUAGUGAGUUAGGGAGUAAUGACUUCAUGAAUUAUACAGUGCAUUUGCCACCAACCCCUGAUAACCAACCUAUGGAUCCAUCGAUCUCACAAAAAGUUGAGGAGCAAUAUGUGUCAAGUUCACUUUUCACAGGAGGAUUCAACAGUGUUACUCGAGCCCAUCUAAUGGAUAAGGUGAUAGAAUCUGAAGCAAACCAUCCACAGAUGGCCGGUGCAAAAGGGUCUUCAUGUGCAAUUCCUGGUUGUGAUUGCAAGGUGAUGAGUGAUGAACGGGGUGUGGAUAUUCUUCCUUGUGAAUGUGAUUUUAAGAUAUGUAGAGACUGCUAUAUAGAUGCUGUGAAAACAGGAGAUGGAAUGUGCCCGGGAUGCAAAGAGCCAUAUAAGAACACUGAACUUGAUGAAGUUGCUGUGGAUAAUGGAAGGCCACUUCCACUUCCACUUCCUCCACCAAACGGGGUGUCUAAAAUGGAGAGGAGAUUGUCCUUGAUGAAGUCAACAAAGUCAGCACUGAUGAGAAGCCAGACUGGAGAUUUUGAUCACAAUCGGUGGCUUUUUGAAACAAAGGGUACCUAUGGCUAUGGCAAUGCCAUAUGGCCAAAGGAAGGGAACUUUGGAAAUGGAAAAGAGGGUGAUGUUGUUGAGCCAAGUGAGUUGAUGAACAGACCUUGGAGGCCACUCACACGGAAACUAAAGAUACCUGCUGCUGUUCUCAGCCCAUAUCGUCUUAUCAUUUGCAUUCGUAUGGUUGUCCUGGUACUCUUCUUGGCAUGGCGGGUGAAGCACAAAAAUGCUGAUGCAAUCUGGCUAUGGGGCAUGUCUGUGGUUUGUGAGAUAUGGUUUGCUUUUUCUUGGCUUUUGGAUCAACUACCCAAGUUAUGCCCAGUAAAUCGUUCCACAGAUCUCAAUGUUCUGAAGGAAAAAUUUGAAACACCAAGUCCUAACAAUCCUACUGGAAAGUCUGAUCUACCAGCCAUAGAUGUCUUUGUCUCUACUGCUGAUCCUGAGAAAGAACCUCCUCUUGUCACUGCAAACACUAUCUUGUCUAUCUUGGCUGCAGAUUACCCAGUUGAGAAACUUUCUUGCUAUGUCUCUGAUGAUGGAGGUGCACUUCUAACAUUUGAGGCAAUGGCUGAAGCUGCCAGCUUUGCCAAUGUAUGGGUUCCAUUCUGCAGAAAACAUGCUAUAGAGCCUAGGAACCCUGAAUCAUAUUUCAACUUAAAGAGAGAUCCCUACAAAAACAAAGUGAAGCCAGAUUUUGUCAAGGACCGUAGAAGGGUGAAGCGUGAGUAUGAUGAGUUCAAGGUUAGGAUCAAUGGUCUACCUGACUCUAUCCGUCGCCGAUCCGAUGCCUUUCACGCUAGAGAGGAAAUCAAGGCCAUGAAACUUGAGAGACAAAAUAGAGAAGAUGAACCUGUAGAACCUGUAAAGAUUUCAAAAGCAACAUGGAUGGCUGAUGGAACUCAUUGGCCAGGGACUUGGUUGAAUCCUUCAUCUGAGCAUUCUAAAGGUGACCACGCUGGUCUAAUUCAGAUGAUGUUGAAACCUCCCAGUGAUGAACCUCUUAUUGGAAAUGCUGAUGAUACAAAGCUCAUUGACCUGACUGAUGUCGAUAUCCGUCUUCCACUUCUUGUUUAUGUUUCUAGAGAGAAACGUCCAGGCUAUGAUCACAACAAGAAAGCCGGGGCCAUGAAUGCCUUGGUUAGAGCCUCAGCCAUCAUGUCCAAUGGCCCUUUUAUACUAAAUCUUGAUUGUGAUCACUACAUCUACAACUCCAAGGCAAUGAGGGAAGGUAUGUGCUUUAUGAUGGAUCGUGGUGGUGACCGCAUUUGCUAUGUCCAGUUCCCUCAGAGGUUUGAGGGGAUUGAUCCCUCUGAUAGAUAUGCUAAUCAUAACACAGUCUUCUUUGAUGUAAACAUGAGAGCCCUUGAUGGACUUCAAGGGCCAGUGUAUGUAGGAACUGGUUGUCUUUUCAGAAGGGUUGCUCUUUAUGGUUUUGAUCCUCCACGCUCUAAAGAACACCACUCAGGUUGUUGCUUUGGUAGUGGCAAGAAGAGUGCUAAUACUAACUUCUCUGAAGAGAACCGGGCACUAAGGAUGAGUGACUCUGAUGAAGAAGAAAUGAACCUAUCAAUGUUCCCUAAAAAAUUUGGAAACUCAACUUUCCUCAUAGACUCGAUCCCUGUGGCAGAGUUCCAAGGCAGGCCUCUUGCUGAUCACCCUGCAGUGAAAAAUGGACGCCCUCCCGGGGCUCUCACGAUACAGCGCGAGCUUCUUGAUGCAUCAACUGUGGCUGAGGCCAUCAGUGUGAUCUCCUGUUGGUACGAAGACAAGACUGAGUGGGGACAGCGUGUUGGAUGGAUCUAUGGAUCAGUUACUGAGGAUGUGGUCACUGGCUAUAGGAUGCACAAUAGAGGAUGGAAAUCAGUGUACUGUGUUACAAAGCGUGAUGCAUUUCGUGGAACUGCUCCCAUCAAUCUCACUGAUCGGCUUCAUCAAGUCCUUAGAUGGGCUACUGGCUCAGUUGAAAUAUUUUUUUCAAGAAACAAUGCAUUUCUAGCUAGCCCAAGAAUGAAAUUUCUUCAGAGAAUUGCAUAUCUUAAUGUUGGAAUUUAUCCAUUCACUUCCAUAUUCCUUAUUGUCUACUGCUUCCUUCCAGCACUUUCCCUCUUCUCUGGCCAAUUCAUUGUCCAAACUCUCAAUGUUACUUUUCUUGCUUAUCUCUUGACCAUCACUGUUACCUUGUGCAUGCUUGCUGUGCUUGAGAUCAAGUGGUCUGGCAUUGAGCUGGAAGAAUGGUGGAGAAAUGAGCAGUUUUGGUUGAUUGGAGGGACUAGUGCCCACUUAGCUGCUGUGCUUCAGGGUUUGCUCAAAGUCAUUGCAGGCAUUGAAAUCUCCUUCACAUUGACAUCAAAAUCUGUUGGAGAUGAUGUGGAUGAUGAGUUUGCUGAUCUCUAUAUUGUCAAGUGGACAUCACUUAUGAUACCACCAAUCACAAUUAUGAUGGUUAACUUAAUAGCAAUAGCAGUUGGUGUUAGCAGGACCAUAUAUAGUGUCAUACCACAGUGGAGUCGUUUAAUAGGUGGUGUUUUUUUCAGUUUUUGGGUAUUGACACAUCUCUACCCUUUUGCAAAGGGUUUAAUGGGAAGAAGAGGGAGAACACCUACCAUUGUUUUUGUAUGGUCAGGCCUCAUAGCAAUCACAAUAUCACUCCUUUGGGUGGCUAUCAAUCCCCCUGCUGGUACCAACCAAAUUGGUGGUUCAUUUCAGUUCCCAUGA